GGGCUUGCAUUGGUAUACCACUUUCAUUUCCAUAUUUAAAAGAUCAAAUUGUUGGCCCUGAUCAUCAAAUAAUUUCAUGUGAUCAUAUCGAAGGUUUGAAUUCAUGUAAGGGAGUUUAUAGAAUUUUAAAAUUAUGGACCACUUACCAAUAUCAAUAUAUAAAGGGAUUAUUUUUAACUUGGUUAGAAAAACUCAAAGAAAAAUCAAUGCAACAAAAUGAUAAGAGUGUUAAGGAAGAUACAAUUAAUGAUAUUAAAAUAGUUACUACAGUAUAG